GGAGAGGACUUUGAAAACGGAAGAGGAAGCGCCUCCGCAAUUUUAAAGAUGGCGGCUCCCGUGGGGCUUCUUUCUCGGUUUACAGCGCUUCUGCCUCGCUUCUUAGGGAGCGCCUGGACCCGGCCUCCCUUUCGCGGACUCCGGCAGGUUGUAGAAACUACUGAAGGGAACACCACAACGAUUGAAGGCAAAAUUAUAGACGGUGUGGAAAUCCCAAGCCCUCCAAAUCCUUCUGGUAACUGUCCUAUUUGUCGCUGGAACUUGAAACACAAGUACGAUUAUAUGGACGUCUUACUGCUAAGUCAGUUCAUAACCUCUGAAGGAGAAAUGAUUCCUCGUAGCAUCACGGGCCUUUGUGAGGAAGAGCACAAAAAGAUUAGAGUGUGCGUGCAAAUGGCUCACCGAGCAGGUUUGCUGCCAGAUCAUAAAUUUCCUGAAGAUUUUGUUCCCAAACCUAACCAUAUCCUCAACAGGUACCAUACCAGAUAUCCUAUCGAUUCUGUGAGACCCAUUUACAAAAAAGGGAGAAAAUGGUGCAAAGUUCCUAUGCCUAUAUCUCAUCCAGUACUUAAAGAUAAUGUUACUUAUGGAUCAAAGCCCCUUCGUUUUAACCACUGAAGAAACCAUCCUGUGUGCAUCAUAGAUGUGUUGUAGAUUCUGGAAGAAACAAACUGAUUGCAGUUGAUUAUGUUGUUUUGCUGGAGCCUGGGAAGGCUAGUUGAACAACCAAUUCGUCGCCUCUAUGGAGGCAUAUCUUAUUUUUGUGUAUAUUCCAAUUAAACUCUUGAGAUGAAUU